AUGACAGGGUCUGCAGUGGAACAUGCAGCGUUGCUAGAUCGGAUUUGCAGCGAAAUACAUCUGGCGCAGCGGCAGGUGCGCCGUAGCCGCGAGGUGCGAAGCAAAUACGGGGUGGUGUGUGGCAGUGCCACGGACUGUGCUGUUGAUAAAUUGUCAGCGUCGUCGCUGGAUGUGAAGCCGCGACAGGUAACUCCACCUGUACGUUUAGCGGGCACGCCGUGCGAUAGGAGGUUGUCUCCGUAUACGAGUGAGGCACAUUCAUCGCCGGCGUGGGCACGCAAGGAGGGGACACUUCUCCAUCUUGAGAGGAGGGUGCUUGGCCGCGAGAGGUUUGUUUCCCAUUUUGUCGUUAUCGAUGAACACGAGGGUAUCUUAUGGUAUCAAGACAAGAAACACUCUCGCACUGCGUCGUCGCGGCCGCUUGGCCACGUCCCAUUCUGGAAGGAGACACGGAACUCCCGCGGUAGCCGGUUUAAGAGGGCGGCGGUGUGCUGGCCACUGAUCCUCCCGGAGGACUGCUCCAAAGCAGAUGACCCGCAUAAAACGUAUUUUGCAAUCGAGUACCUAAACGACAGGAACAACUACAGUAAACUGAUUUUUGCCGCCGAGAGCGCAGAAGAGCGCGACGCCUGGGUGUUUUUCAUCACACAGUUUCUUGAGAUGUUCUUGCCACUGCGUGCGGAGUCGGAGGGGCUGAAGCACCUCCCACGCGGUGCAGUAGUUCCGCGACACUGUUCGGAGGUUAUCUACGGGGAGCCGCCCUGCGGUAAUGUUUUGUAG